AAUCACACGGGGUAAUUGCUGCCAAGUGGUUACUCAAUGCAGUUCGCUCACCAGAUCAAACUGGUUUCUUUCCCCUACUGUCAAGUCCAUGCCACCCUCGUGCUUUGUCUACUAUUUCUGAUGAGCCCAGUACCAUACUGUCUAGGUGAUAUUCGGCCAAAACGGACACUUCUGUCAGCGGUUCGAGGGCGUGUGUGGGUUAGUUGUGCCAUGACUGCCCUUCUGUGCUUUGUCUGCAUGUCAAGUCCACAGUACGACGCAUAAAAUUUCGGUUAUGUAGCAUCAUAAAAUGGCCUCCAUGUUGAGCACAUACUCUUUCUCUCCAUAUGGCUACCGUCCUGCAUUCUUCCAUA